AUAGGCUCACUCAAUUUCAGUAAAUAAUUUAAAUUUGGAACACAGCAUCAUCGUUUUCACAGCUUUUUUGUUGUUAAAGGUAGCGUGUUUUAAUGUAGAGUUCUAAAUCUUUUUCAAAGGCACAAAAGACAGGUCGGGUAUUGAGAAACUUACACAUAUGAAUAUAAAACUUAACCAAUAAAAUAAUGAGGUUGCAAAGGUAAAAUUCCUUUUCAAGUUUGUUUUAAUACAGUGUAAAACCAAAUAUCACAUCUUUAAAACAAAGCACACAUUUGUCAUGAAUAUUGUUGUUCUCUGUUAGUUUUUUUUUUAAGUUUAUUUAUAAAUUUCAACAUUUACAAACAGUUGAGAAACAAUAAUCAAAAUAAGAUAAACAACAGUAUAAAAACAGUACAAAACAGCGCCAGGGGGUUUGUUAAGUUUUAUGUUUUUAAAGUGUGCUCCAAACGCAUCACGUCACAACAAGGGAGGAGACUUAAGCAAUUUCUUCUCUGUGAUUCGUCGAUGUUGGUGUCAAUCAUUCUUUCCCAUUUUUUUGUCUGGACCAAUCACCGCUCCGAGUGGGUCUGUCAAUCAAGGAAGCGCCCGCCCCACUGCAGGUGCAAAGCUGGGCUCCGAGCUAACUGCUGCAGCGAAGGCUAGGAGAACAGCAUCAUUUCACGAUGGCGUCCGCAAAUGCCACCUAUGGCCAAAAGGAGUCCUCGGACCAGAACUUCGACUACAUGUUUAAAAUCCUCAUCAUCGGCAACAGCAGCGUCGGGAAGACGUCCUUCCUCUUCCGCUAUGCAGACGACUCCUUCACGCCUGCGUUCGUCAGCACGGUCGGCAUCGACUUCAAGGUGAAGACCAUCUACAGGAACGACAAGAGGAUAAAGCUGCAGAUCUGGGACACAGCUGGCCAGGAGCGCUACAGGACCAUCACCACAGCUUAUUACAGAGGAGCCAUGGGCUUCAUCCUCAUGUAUGACAUCACCAAUGAGGAGUCCUUUAACGCUGUGCAAGACUGGUCCACCCAGAUCAAGACUUACUCGUGGGACAAUGCUCAAGUGCUGCUGGUGGGCAACAAGUGCGACAUGGAGGACGAACGUGUGGUGGCUACAGAGAGAGGCCGGCAGCUGUCAGAGCAGCUCGGCUUUGAGCACUUUGAAGCGAGCGCCAAGGACAACAUCAACGUGAAGCAGACCUUCGAGAGGCUGGUGGACAUCAUCUGCGAGAGGAUGUCCGACACGCUGGACAACAGCGACCCCACCGUCACCGGAGCCAAACAAGGGCCGCAGCUCACCGAGCAGCCGCAGAGGUCCCAUCAGGACUGUGCUUGCUAAAUGCAUCACACACACACACUACAUUUGUUCUCCUGAGGUCCAUAUAACUUUUUAAAGUCAUGUUAUCAGUUGAUGUCAUGUAAACCUGCACACAUCCAUGUGUCACAAACACAGGCGCUGACUGCUGCUGAGAUUGUCGUCUUAUAUCCUCCUCGUAGUCCCAAAGAUUAAAUCACAGGCGAGCUCUAAAUGGUGGCAAUGUAGUCACGUCUUCUAACACGCAGACAUUCCCAUGUUCCGCUGCAUGUACAGUACACAUGUAUAGUACACAUGUAUAGUACGCAUGUACAGUACACAUGUACAGUACGCAUGUACAGUACGCAUGUACAGUACACAUGCACAGUACGCAUGCAGCGUGCUGGAUUCAAACUAUGCUUUUAGCCCUUGUGCAACCAUUUUUCAAACUUACACCAUUUACACAUUUUUCAACCGAUUCAAACCAUUCCACCUUCGACACAUUCCAACAAUCUGCGAAUUCAAACGACCCUUUUUCCAAGUUCCAAAAAAUUCCAGGAUUUUCCAGAAUUUCAGGUUUUCCGGGACAUUUUUCCCAUUCAAAAUGAAUUGGCAAUUUUCAAACUUCCAUCAUUUCCACAUUUUUUCAACCGAUUCAAACCAUUGCACCUUCGAAACACUCCACCAAUCUGCGAAUUUAAACGACCCUUUUUUCAAGUUGAAAAUAUUUCCAGGAUUUUCCAGAAUUCCUAGUUUUCCAAAGCCCUAUUUCCACCCUUUUUUCUGGCAACUACUCUUCCCAAAUGUUUCAACCGAUUAAAACCAUUCCACCUUCAACACAUUCCACCAAUCUGUGAAUUCAAACUACCCUUUUUCCAAGUUAAAAAAAAAUUCAGGAUUUUCCAGAAUUCCAGGUUUUCCGGGACAUUUUUCCCAUUCAAAAUGAAUUGGCCAUUUUUCAAACUUCCAUCAUAAUCACAUUUUUCUACCGAUUCAAACAAUUCCACCUUCGACACAUUCCACCAAUCUGCGAAUUAAAACUACCCUUUUUCCAAUUUGAAAAAAAUUCCAGAAUUUUCCAGAAUUCCUGGUUUUCCAAAGCUCUAUUUCCACCCUUUUUUCCGGCGACUACUCUCCCGCAUUUUUCAACCUAUUCAAACCAUUCCACCUUCAACACAUUCCACCAAUCUGUGAAUUCAAACUACCCUUUUUCCAAUUUGAAAAAAAUUCCAGGAUUUUCCAGAAUUCCUGGUUUUCCAAAGCCCUAUUUCCACCCUUUUUUCUGGCAACUACUCUUCCCAAAUGUUUCAACCUAUUCAAACCAUUCCACCUUCGACACAUUUCAACAAUCUGCGAAUUCAAACUACCCUUUUUCCAAGUUCCAAAAAAUUCCAGGAUUUUCCAGAAUUUCAGGUUUUCCGGGACAUUUUUCCCAUUCAAAAUGAAUUGGCAAUUUUCAAACUUCCAUCAUUUCCAAAUUUUUCAACCGAUUCAAACCAUUGCACCUUCAACACACUUCACCAAUCUGCGAAUUCAAACUACCCUCUUUCCAAUUUGAAAAAAAUUCCAGGAUUUUCCAGAAUUCCUGGUUUUCCAAAACUGUAUUUCCACCCUUUUUUCUGGCGACUACUCAUCCCAAAUUUUUCAACCUAUUCAAACAAUUCCACCUUCAACACAUUCCACCAAUCUGUGAAUUAAAGCUACCCUUUUUCCAAUUUGAAAGAAAAAUUCCAGGAUUUUCCAGAAUUCCUGGUUUUCCAAAGCCCUAUUUCCACCCUUUUUUCCGGCAACUACUCUUCCCAAAUGUUUCAAUCUAUUCAAACCAUUCCACCUUCAACACAUUCCACCAAUCUGUGAAUUCAAACUAUUCUUUUUCCAAGUUCAAAAAAAUUCCAGGAUUUUCCAGAAAUCCAGGUUUUCCGGCCCAUUUUUUCCCAUUCAUAAUUAAUUGGCCAUUUUUCAAACUUCCACCAUUUCCACAUUUUUCAACCAAUUCAAACAAUUCCACCUUCGACACUUUCCACCAAUCUGUGAAUUCAAACUACCCUUUUUCCAUGUUCAAAAAAACUCCAGGAUUUUCCAGAAUUCCUGGUUUUCCAAAGCCCUAUUUCAACCCUUUUUUUCUGGUGACAUAUCCUCCCACAUUUAUCAACCUAUUCAAACCAUUCCACCUUUGACACAUUCCACCAAUCUGCAAAUUCAAACUACCCUUUUUCCAAGUUAAAAAAAAAUUCAGGAUUUUCCAGAAUUCCAGGUUUUCCGGGACAUUUUUCCCAUUCAAAAUGAAUUGGCCAUUUUUCAAACUUCCACCAUUUCCACAUUUUUCAACCAAUUCAAACCAUUCCACCUUCAACACACUACAUCAAUCUGCGAAUUCCAACUACCCUUUUCCAAGUUGAAAAAAUGUUCAGGAUUCCUGGUUUUCCAAAGCCCUAUUUCCAACCUUUUUUCCGUUGACUACUCCUCCCGCAUUUUUCAACCGAUUCAAACCAUUCCACAUUCAACACAUUCCACCAAUUUGCGAAUUCAAACGACCCUUUUUUCCAAGUAAAAAAAAAAAUACAGGUUUUCCAGGACAUUUUUCCCAUUCAAAAUUAAUUGGCCAAUUUUCAUUUUAAAACGGGGGCCACAUGGAGAAAAAUCUACUCCCAAGUGGGCCGGAUUGUUAAAAUCACGGCACGAUAACUUAAAAAUAAAGACAACUUCAGAUUGAUUUUUUUUGUUUCAAACUAGAACAAGCACAUUUUGAAAAUGUUAAAAUCGUCAUGUUGUUGGGGUUUAUUUACACUUACAUGUUGCGGUUAAUACUAUUCUAUCUUUAUUUGUCGCUAUUUAUAUUUUCUGAAUAAAUUGUGUGGUAAUGUUCAUCAGUCAACUCAUUGGAGUUAAUUUUCAAUCUAUCAAGAUAAAAAAAAUCACAUCAAAAUCAAAUUACAGUAUUUUAUUUAUGUAGUUUGAUCAUUUUCCUCGACUGAUGUACUGACGUGGUUUAUUUUGUACAUAUGUAGCAUUAUCUACAAAGAUACAAAGAAUUGCUAUAGCGACCUCCAGUGGACACAUCUAGAACAGCUGUUUCUUUCAUUCAACAAUUUCAGGUUAAUUUUCGCGGGCCGUACAUUUGACACCCCUGCUUUACAUACUUACUCUUAUGAUCCAAAAGUGACACUCUCAUAAACACUUUUUUUUUUUAAGCUUUCAACGCUUUACAUUUUUAAACAUCUUAGAUUUGAUAUUACAUUUCUGUGGCCUAUUUGUCCCCCCAAAAAAUAUUUUUCUACAAUGGGAAAAUGCAAAAUAGAUAUUUCUAAAGAUGUGUUGCAGACUGGAAUAUAUUGGAAAUUACUGCCUUAAAUAAGUCAAUAAUUCAUGACAACUUUUAUUUUGAUACAAUAGACCCAAAUGUAUUUUUUACAGUGUCUACUGAGCUAGAAUUGGAGGGAAAGCAGGCAGGACUUGGUUGAGUUUAUUGAUAGCUGCCAUUUCGGGUGUCAUUUCCAUUGCAUUGCAGCAGUUUAAUGGCAGGUUAACUCAUUUACACUCAUCAAAACUCUGAGAAUUAUGCUCAUAUUAAGCUAAGGGGCGCAAUUACACCAAAACAAUGAAAUUAGUUUUUUUGUGGGAAAAACAUAGUAAUAUACCAAGAUUAGAGUCCAUUAAAAACAGCAUUUAUAAUGGGAGUCAAUGGAAAGUGUGUAUACUUUUAUAUUCUAUUCUAACAUUGCCAUCCAAAACACCACAUUUCACACGACAAACCUUCAUACUGAUCCAUCAUAUCACAUAAAGAACAUGUCAUGCUCGUUUUUGCACAAGGGUUAUUUAAGCAUCAUUCCGUCAACCCUUCUUGUUUGCUCAUGAGGUCCGAACCACACCCGUCGACAUCUGCAUUGAAACGCAAAGGGACAUUUUCCAGAAUAUUGUCGCCUGCAGUGAAAGUUACAAUAGGUUUAAAAACAAAAAAUACGAUAUUUAAACGGCAGAAAAACGGGAAAGAAGUUGCAGAAGUCUCCCAUAGAAAACGUGUGUGGGAUUUGACCGGUAUUGUCAAGAGUAUUUGGACCGACUCUACCUUCGUUCUCACUUCAAAUGUUGUGUGGAUUGUGUUUGUUCAGGUGACAUCAUCGGUCCGCCCGCGUUUAUCGAGCUUUAAACCUGACGGGGGAAGUAAAAGGUCAUUUCAAAAUAUUAGUCAAAUUGUUUUACGCCUUCCUAGCUUUUUAACUUCAAAACGUGUGUUUACAAGAGCCUGCGGUGGACAGCAUCUUUUUUUCAUUUAUUUAUUUAUUUAAAAUGUUUUGCUAAUCUAACCAGUCUGGCGCUGCAUCCACUCUGUGCUGCUUCAUAGUCUGUUUUUAUUAGGAACGAGACGAGCGUGUAAAUGUUUGAGCUACCGUAUUUCCUUGAAUUUCCGCCAGGUAUAUAGUAUGCGCCUGACUAGAAUUACUGCCGGGUCAAACUCCUUUCGCAAAAUAAUAUUUUUAUUCGCGCAUGUCUAGAAAUUCCGCCGGGUCAAACUCCUUUCGCAAAAUAAUUAGCAUAUACCUAGAAUUUCCGCCGGGUCAAACUCGUCACGUCACGAGUGACACUUCACCUGUCAUCAUUUUCAAAAUGGAGGAGGCUGAUUUCUAUCAUUUGAAAUCGCAUAAAGGGAAGAAAAUUAAGAGCUAUUCAGUAGGAUUUAAGGUCCAAGCUAUUGAAUAUGCUAAAAAGAACAGUAAGCAGCUCUGUUUUAUUAAUAUACCGUAGCUGCGUGUGUCAAAUAUGAGUCAUUAAAUGACUCCCGCUACAUGGUGGUAGAGGGCGCUAGUGAUCCUUCUUGCGACUACUCGGCUGCAGAAGAAGUGACAACAAGCAGCAAGAGUGAGCAGCAUGUGUUCAUUUUUUCCUCCCGCUUGCACUUUUAACAUGGAGGAUUACAUAUAUAAAAUAAAACCGUUUUCUAAACUGGACUUUCAUUCGAAGCAGGAGGUAAUAGAGGAAGAUCUCCAUCGAGACAGAGAGACUUUUAAAACUGAAGAAAGAUAAGGAAGACUUCUAUAAACAAGUUAUCGAUGCUUUUGAUCAGAAGGAGCUGCGCAUGGACUACAUUUAUAAGUAAAUGUAAGACCAUAAUAACGUUUUUUUUAUUAAAUGUGCUUUUCAUGAUGGUAUCCCUACAUCACACUCAAAUUUUUAAGCGCAGGCCUAAAUUUACCGCAUGCCUUUGGUAAGCGCCGGAGUGAGAAGAGAUUUUAAAUCAAUUAACACCCCGGCGGCAAUUCAAGGAAAUACGGUACGCGUUUUUGAAACACAGAACGAACCUCUACACAUAAAAGUAUUUAUAAUGUGCUUAGUUUGCAUUGUUGGCAGACUGGAUGGUUUGAGUUCAGAGUUCAAACCGUGCUUCUCCAUAAUCAAAGACAUGCGAUCCAGCGGCAACGUCAACUUGCACUGGAGCGUUAUUUUUGGAAGGGAAGGCACGUUUAAUGUCCAAUCUGCUAUUGACUUUAGUGUGUGUGUGCAGUGCAGACACUCUUUUUUAUUUAUAACUUAUUUAUUUUACUCUUUACGCGUUCUAAAGAAGUUUUACAAGCCCGAGACGCGUCCUGGGGAGGAGAGUUCAGACAUUCCAGUCAUCGGUGGGUAGCUCGUUUGUCUUCUCAUAUCAGUUAUGUAACCUUUUGAAGACUGUUCUCACGGAGCAAUAAGCGCCCGUUUGAAUUUCCCAGCACGAGCCGGUCCUUCCACGGCCGCGCUUUUGACGAAUUGUCCUGUCCACACAACUAAAUAUAGACGUCAACGUUUCCAUAUUCCUGUUUGUCUGGCACCGUCAACACCUGUCGCGGCUCCGUGGCUACGCUGAAAAGUUACCACAAGAAACCUGGUUUCACUUUGGAACCCUUUUUGUGUUCCUGUUGUUUUGCCACGGCUGUAGGCGACCUCCCCCCUGUGUCACCACUCUUGUAAAUACUGCCCGUCUGGAACUAGUUGUGUGAAUCGUGCUGUAAUAACUGUAAUGCCAGAUUUUGCUGAAAUGAGGGAUCAAUAAAAAAAUCCUCGCAGCUGGAUGUGGUUGACGUGCUACAAUGACUCCCAAAUGUCAGUCCUUGACUCACGUCGACCUUGUGUCCAGCAGAGGGCGUCACAAGCGAGAA